AUCAAAAAAUUGAUUGUGUUUUCAUUCUUUAGCUAAUAGGUACUCAUUUUUUAUUUUUUACCUGUUCCAAUUUGUCAAAUAAAAUAUAAAAUUAUGCCGCAAGGAAAAUUCAAAAAUAAAUCUCAAAUUUCAUUUACCAAGAAAAAAAAACAACAACCAAAUAAAAGUAGAAAAGGUAACUACCUAAUUCAAUAACUAUUGAACUAUUUGAUUAGUAGACAUUAUGAAAUUAUAUGCAUUCUAAAUAUUGAUCUGAUAUUCUUAAUACUUAUUGUAUGAUUAAUUUAAAUGUACUUAUGUACUUUUUUGUAUAGCAUGUCCAAUGCCUUCUAAUAAACACAAAUAUGAAGAAGGGCAACGAAUUAAACGCAUGAUUAGCAAAAAUGUAAAUAAAUUGGCUGAAGAUGAAUUAAGAGCAUUGGCUACAGAUGGCAAGAAAGUAUUUUUAUCUAAGAAAAAGAAACAAGUUGCACAAAUAGUACAAGAACCAGAAAACAAACCUAAACAAAUUAAGAUUACACCAAAAUAAAUACUAUUAUAGGUAUUAGGUACC